CCCCGGGAAGCCGUCCGGGCUUGAGGCUGGGCCUCCGCCGCCCGCUUCGCCCCCCGCCGCCGAUGGUGUCCGGAGCUCCGGCGCCCAGGCACAACCAGAAAUAGCUCCCAUUGUCAGGGGCCCUGGCACAGCUGGGGUGCUGAUUGCCAAUGGUUUGGGAAGCUCUGCCCCCAGCCCGGUUUUCUUACCAGAUGUUUGCCUGACUACUCAGAUCAUCCCCUCCUGAGAGCUUCCUGUGGCCCAGCUUGUGAGCACGAAGCCUGCUGACUGCCGAUCCACACCUGCCCGGCUCCCCCCAGCUACGCCAUGUCUGGCUCCUAUGAUGAAGCCUCGGACGAGGUCACAGACAGCUUUUGGGAGGUGGGGAACUACAAGCGGACGGUGAAACGCAUUGACGAUGGCCACCGCCUGUGCAACGACCUCAUGAGCUGCGUGCAGGAGCGCGCCAAGAUCGAGAAAGCCUAUGCGCAGCAGCUCACCGACUGGGCCAAGCGCUGGCGCCAGCUCAUCGAGAAAGGUCCGCAGUACGGCAGCCUGGAGCGGGCCUGGGGCGCCAUGAUGACCGAGGCAGAUAAGGUGAGCGAGCUGCACCAGGAGGUGAAGAACAGCCUGCUGAACGAGGACCUGGAGAAAGUCAAGAACUGGCAGAAGGACGCCUACCACAAGCAGAUCAUGGGUGGCUUCAAGGAGACCAAGGAGGCAGAGGACGGCUUCCGCAAGGCCCAGAAGCCCUGGGCCAAGAAGAUGAAGGAGCUGGAGGCGGCCAAGAAGGCCUAUCAUCUGGCUUGCAAAGAGGAGAAGCUGGCCAUGACUCGGGAGAUGAACAGUAAGACGGAGCAGUCAGUCACCCCCGAACAGCAGAAGAAACUUCUGGACAAAGUGGACAAGUGCAGGCAGGAUGUGCAAAAGACUCAGGAGAAGUAUGAGAAGGUGCUGGAGGAUGUGGGCAAAACCACUCCCCAGUACAUGGAGGGCAUGGAGCAGGUGUUCGAGCAGUGCCAGCAGUUUGAGGAGAAGCGCCUGGUCUUCCUCAAGGAAGUCCUGCUGGAUAUCAAACGGCACCUCAAUCUAGCGGAGAACAGCAGCUACACCCAUGUCUACCGAGAACUGGAGCAGGCCAUCAGGGGAGCCGAUGCCCAGGAGGACCUCAGGUGGUUCCGCAGCACCAGUGGCCCUGGAAUGCCUAUGAACUGGCCUCAGUUCGAGGAGUGGAACCCAGACCUCCCCCACACCACUGCCAAGAAGGAGAAACAGCCUAAGAAGGCAGAGGGGGCCACACUGAGCAAUGCCACAGGGGCUGUAGAGUCCACAUCCCAGGCUGGGGACCGCGGCAGUGUUAGCAGCUAUGACCGAGGCCAACCGUACGCCGCCGAGUGGUCAGACGAUGAGAGCGGGAAUCCCUUCGGGGGGAAUGAGGCCAACGGCGGCGCCAACCCCUUCGAGGAUGACGCCAAGGGGGUACGUGUGCGGGCGCUCUACGACUACGACGGCCAGGAACAGGACGAACUCAGCUUCAAGGCCGGAGACGAGCUCACCAAGCUGGGAGAAGAAGAUGAGCAGGGCUGGUGCCGCGGGCGGCUUGACAGCGGGCAGCUGGGCCUCUAUCCUGCCAACUACGUUGAGGCCAUCUAGCUACCCUGUCCAUCCAAGUCCUCUUGCUCCUUGUCCACCGCCUCCCACCCUCUCCCUCCCCUCGCCAUAGAGUUCCAGACAUAUUUUCCGAUCAAGCUUUUAUUUUUUUAAAAGUCAAAACAGAACAAAA